AUGGAAACCGUCAACUACACCUUCUUGACCCAGUUCAUCCUGACAGGAAUUCCCUAUCCACCCAGGCUAAGGACAUUCCUCUUUGUGUUCUUUUUGGUCAUCUACAUCCUGACUCAGCUGGGGAAUGUGCUCAUUCUGAUCACUGUCUGGGCAGACCCACAGCUGCAUGCCCGCCCCAUGUAUGUCUUCCUUGGUGUCCUCUCCAUCAUUGACAUGGGCAUCUCCACUAUCAUUGUCCCUCGCCUCAUGAUGAACUUCACUUCGGGCAUCAAGCCCAUCGCAUUUGGUAGCUGUGUGGCUCAGCUUUAUUUCUAUCACUUUCUGGGCAGCACCCAGUGCUUCCUCUACACGGUGAUGGCCUAUGACAGGUACCUGGCAAUAUGUCGGCCCUUGCACUACCCUGUGCUCAUGUCUGCUAAGCUGAGCGUCAUGCUGGUGGCUGGAGCUUGGGUGGCUGGCUCCAUCCAUGGGGCCAUUCAGGCCAUUCUAACCUUCCACCUGCCGUACUGUGGGCCCAACCAGGUAGAAUACUUCUUCUGUGACAUCCCUGCAGUUUUGAAGCUAGCCUGUGCGGAUACCCUAGUCAACGAGAUGGUGACCUUUGUGGACAUCGGAGUUGUGGUUGCAAGUUGUUUCUCUAUGAUCCUCAUCUCCUACAUCCAGAUCAUUUGGGCCAUCCUAAGAAUCCGCACAGCUGAUGGGCGGCGCAGGGCCUUCUCAACCUGUGGUGCCCACAUAACUGUGGUGACCGUUUACUAUGUGCCCUGUGCCUUCAUCUAUCUGCGACCUGAAAGCCACAGCCCCCUGGAUGGGGCAGCCGCUCUGUUCCCCACCGCCAUCACUCCUUUCCUAAACCCCCUCAUCUACACUCUGCGGAACCAGGAGGUGAAGUUGGCUCUGAGGAGGAUGAUAGCAGGUCAAAGGACUAAGAGUGAAGUCUGA